AUGGACACGGUGUCUCGAAGGAGACGUGGAGGUGUCCCUGAGGAGCAGGAGACUGACACCGGGGCCUGUGAGGCCGCUUAUCAAGCAGCCUUGAGUCAAGCUGGUGCUGCCGGUUCAACUUCCUGUGCUGGAGUCAGAGGCGAGGCUUCGCCUGGCACUUUGGAGUUGGGCCAAGGAACUGGCGUGGUUGAGCCAGGGCAGAUGCCAGUGGCUAACCCUUUCCAUAGUGAAAGGGUACAGACUGAAAUUCAGCUAAUGCGGAACCGGCCGCCCUCGUUGGACGCCGAUGGACAGAGACUCCUUGGUGGACUAGACGGUGGGGCUGCACCCACAUCUGGCCGUGGCGAACUGGAUGGGAGAGCCCAGAUGGGCGCUUGGACGGAUGACCAGGGAGCGGAGCCGGAUUAUUCAGCAGCUUUUGUUCCUGGAGAUGUGGUUGGACCGAGAGUUGCGCGUGUGGAAACCGGGGUAGAAAGUAGGCCUAUGAUGAGCGAUACGAGUUUUCCUGGAACUCCUGUGAAUGUUGGAGGGCCCGCUGCCGUGCCGGCUCCCGAAGAUGCUCAGAGGACUAAGGGAACGGAAAAGGCGAGUGUGGCUACUGGUGAGCCAACGACUGAAGAGGAGUUGGUUCCGGAUGCCAGUGGAACCGGAAGCUUGGAGGUGAUGCUGCGCCAAGUUCUUGAGGAGAAUAAGGUGCUGAAGCGAGAUGCCAGGACCGAGUUCUUCGCCGGUGUCGUUCGCUGGGUUAGUCAGGAGGCGCUCAUAGCGGAGGCGGCUAAGUUGCUGAAGGGAGUGACUUUGAAGCCUUUGCGGAUUGAGGAUGAUGGGCUGGAUCUUACCUGGCUUAGGAGUGCUCUGACGAGUGCUUCUGACCCUAUGUUCUGUCUCGUGGACAGCGGAGCGACGAAUGCCUUAAGGCCAGCCAGUGACCAGGAGCUAAAGGGAGCUAAGAGCAUCAGAGUUGACUUGGCGAGUGGGGUUACGGAUCUGAGGGUCAACGACUAUGGCACUUUGUUGCAUGGCGGUCCCUGUCAGGUUAUUCUCCCUGCCAAUUAUUUGGUGGAACUUGGUUUUAGUAUCUCCUGGAAGAGAAAUGGCUGUAAAAUCAAGCACCCAAAGGAGGGAAAGCUAGAGGUGCAUGUUGUGAAGGGUUGUCCUUUGAUUCCUAGGGAUGUUGGGCUGUCUUUGUUAGGCCGGUAUGAGGACAGGGUGAGGAAAGCUAACGGGGUGCGAAAGCUGGAGUUGGAUUCAGCUGUUGUAGACCUCAAUAAGGGGAAUGUCCGAAGUUGGUUCCAAGGACAGGUGAGGCGCGGGGAACAGGAAGGGCUUGAGGAUUGGGUUCAGUUGAGCUUUCUGAGGGUCAUGUUUCCCGGGCUUCCGUUGGAGCUUUUAGCACGCGCCUGUGUAUCCUCAGUGUCGCUUGAAAGCCGGGAUUGGGCAGAAUUUCCGUGGAAUCGACGGAUGAGACGGUCUAUCGACCGAAGUGCACCGGAGUCAGUGUUGAUUUGCUGUGGAUCUAGGAUUCAGAGUUGGAAGAGUUGUGGUAGGGUAUUGAAGGUCACGGGGUCCGAGAAGGGGCUUGGCAGCUCGUUAGUUUUCGGACACCUGUUGAGGAUAGCCUUGACUGGGGUCGUCGGAGGUGUGGUUCAGGAUUCGGAUGGCUAUGACUGGGCUAAGGGGUCUUCGGACGGUGAUAAGCCUCAUCGGGGGCUGGUUGCUAUGCUUAGGUUCUUCAUUCUGGUUGCUGUGGCACAAGCAGUAAAGGACGGUAGGAGCUUGGUAGCUGAGGAUGAGGAUUUGUCGGAGACCUUACCUGAAGGCGUAGAUAGUCCUGAGGGGUUGGUUCAGUGGGCUCUAGCUAAGGCUGCUGAUCGACUUCGCAACCCACCGGUUAAGGUUUGUGACCCUACUGCUUUGUCCCCCAUCUUUGUUGCUUGGGAACAGUUUGACUCCUUUAAGGGUAGUAGACCUUCUGAGGAACCUGAGCUAGUCGCGAUGUCAAAGGGCGGACGCCAAUUCGGGGAGGCUUACGGAUUCCAUUUAGCUUCCUUUGAUAGGGGUUUUAUUGGGGUAGGAAAAAAAGGGGUUGCUGAGUUGUGGACCUCCUCGUGGUUUCUGUAUGAACAUCUGCAUUUGCAGGGGCACAGUUCGGGCAGAGCUAGGACUAGUGAGUUCGGGGACAUUGCGGGGAGUGAGACUUGGCCCCUUCGGUUAGCAGGGGUGCUUCAGGGUUUUUGGGUUACGUGGAAGGCGGAUCUAGAGCGUUUUAAGGAAGCUAAGGAUCGUGAGACCCUGUUGAAAAAGCUUACUGAAAAGGAGCGAUAUGAGUUGCACCUGCGUAGUGACCACUCCCCUUACCUUAAAGGGUGUCCCGUGUGCGUACAGGCGCAGGGUAGGCGUAGGUCCCAUUGGCGUACUGGUUUCCCCACGGUACACUCGGCGUCUUUUGAUAUAGCUGGUCCCUUCGUGCCGGGGGUCUCGUUCGAUCCGGUUGCCUCAGGUAGGGAUAAGGGCGGAGGUUAUCGAUAUUUCCUAGCCUGUUCGUAUGCUGUACCAGGGAAUUAUCGACCCCUUGUUUCUGUUGAUAAGCCCGAGGGCGAAGAUAAGGAGCAUGAAGUCUCACGUGACGCGGCCGAGCCGGAGCUGUUCCCGGAAUUAUUCGGGGAGCUCGAGUCGGGGGUUGACCUUAAGGCUGUUACCCACAGGGUUAAAGGGAAGAGGCCUGAGGAUGAUCCUGUAGGUGGGGGUGUAGGCCCUAUUGUCUUGGAAGAGUCGGAGUCGGCCCCAGCAACGAAUACAACCCUGUUUCUGGGGGUCCCGUUGCGAACAAAAGGGGGGAAGGAGGUUCUGGGACACGUCCAAGCUAUCAUCAAUAAGUUAGAGGCUCACGGCUUGCCGGUACAUAGGUUCCACGCUGAUCGGGCACAGGAGCUUAGGUCUAAGCCGCUGGUAGCUUGGAUGCGGGCCCAGGGCAUCCAUCCUUCCUGGACCCCAGGAGAAGCGCCCGCUGGAAAUCAUGCUGAGUUAGCUGUGCAAAAUCUUAAAGCGGGUACUCGCAAGCUUUUGCUGACUUCCCAUGUGGGGCGUCAGUUUUGGCCAUUAGCGCUGCUCCAUGCAUCGGCACGAAAUUGGGUAAGGUUCUUUGAGGGGUUAGGUGUGCCUCAGCCGUUGUUGCCGCCUUUUGGAGUGCCUGUGGAAGCGCGCCAACGAACACAAACUGGAUAUGAGGCACAGUGGCGACCUAGGACUGUACGGGGCGUUUAUAUUGGCCAGGCUCCGCAUACGCCAGGGGGGCAUUUGGUGUUGAUAGGGGAAGGUGAAGAUAGGAAGGUUUUGUUGACUAGUACUAUCUUUCCUGUGCGGGGUGAGCUGACGGCCGUCCCUAAACCUCGUCAUCGCCUAACCGGUAAGCGCUCCUCUUUUGCGGUGCGAGUUGUAGCUGCUGCGGAUGUGCCGACUUGUCAUCGAGUUGCCAGGUUAUCACCUGGGGGGGGGCCUUUUCAGCCCUCUCCGGAAUUUUUAAAUGAUGAGGAAGUAUCUGGCUCUGAUGAAAGUGAAAGUGAGGUGAGCAGUGAAGUAGAGGAUUUUCUAGAACAAAGGGAUCCUUGGGUUCGAAAGGGCUUUACUGCUAAAGGGUCUGGGGAUGAGAGGGAUGGUCCUUAUCAGGGUUUAGGAGGUUUGGGAGACCGUAUACGGGAUGGGAUUCGUCGAGGGGAUUGGUCUGUCGGUGAGUGUCUAGGGAUUCUCGGUGGCUGUGCUAACCAGCUUCCCCCUACUCGAAGGACUAUAGCCCAAGGGCAAGGGUCUGCGGUGCUUUGUGGCCUUUAUGCUGUAGGAGGGUUUAGAGGGGUCUCUAGCUUCACGAUGCGAUGCCCUGAUCUAGUCCGGUACUUGAACGGUUUUUUGAAGAACAGAGAUCCUGAUGGUGUGUGGACUACGGUUUACCUUUCUCAUAAUGCUUGUAUGCUUCCCCAUAGGGAUUUGAUGAACGCCUCCGAAUUUCCGAUUCGUGCUCAAGCUGUUGGGGAUUUUAAGGGAGGUGGUUUGUGGCUUCAGGAUGAAGAAGGGACUGUUUGUAGGGUACUACCCGAUGGUUCUAAGUGCCCAGGGUCGGUGUAUGAUUUGCGGCGUGGCCCGGUAGUGUUUCCAGGAAAAUGCUGGCAUGCCUCAGAGGAUUGGAUCGGCGAUCGUUGGGUCCUUUCAGCUUUUGUACCUCGGGAGUUUCGUAGUGCCGUAAAGGGGUGUUAUGAUCAGCUUUUGAGCUUGGGUUUUCCGGUUCCAAACAUAGAAGAGGCAGGAGGGGAGGUGCCUUCCAGAGAGAAGUCUGUGGCCUCGAUCCGGAUAGAUGAGCCAGAGCUUGAGGAAUGGGAGGUUGAUUUCCCUAGUGGUGCCUUUGAUGAUUGUUGUUUAGAGGGCUUAGUCUGGGAGCAUGGAGCAACGGCUCGGUUGUGUACAUUGCUUGCGGACGAGUUGAAUGAGUGGUCUGGAGAUGCUGAUAGCUUGUGCCAGGCUGUCGAGGUUUUAAAGGGUGAAGAACGACGGCGGGACUUGCUUGAAAAUCUGCUGGUUGAUAACUGGGAUGUUUGGGAUAGAUUGGGGUCUGUUAGGGCGUUGAGUGUUGACGUACCAUUGACGGAGCAUCCUGUCACCGGCGCAGACCAGUUUCUUCAGACUAGAACAGUAAGUUUGGUAGAAGCCCGGGGGGAACUUGGAAAAUGGCGAGAAGCAGCGACCGAGGAGGUAGUUAGUUUGGAGACCACCAAUAGGGCGGUAGAUAGAGUAACAGCGUCUGAUGUUGACCAAUGGGUUAAAGAAGGUAUCUCAGUAGUUCAGUUGCCCGGAAAGGCUGUGCUGACACGUAAGGCUGGAACAGGCAAGAGGAGAUGUCGUGCAGUAUGCUGUGGGAACUAUUUACCUACUGAGCAGCUUGGUCUUACCAGAGAGGAGUUGUACGCUUCAGGAGCCGAGGCUCUGUCGGUUAAGGUUGCGGUUACUUUUGCUGCUGGGUACGUGACCUGGGUGGGAGUUACGAUCGAUGUGAAAUCGGCCUUCCUGUAUGCUCCUAUAAGGACUGAAAACCAAGGGACCGAAGAGCGUAUUAUUGUGAAGCCGCCGCAUUUCCUGGUUGAGUUGGGAAUCUUAAAUGCUGAGCAUCGGUGGUGGAUAAAGAAGGCUCUGUAUGGGCUGCCUACGUCUCCGCGUGAUUGGGGUAGGUACCGUGAUGGAGAGUUUCGCAAACUGCGGAUUCCCCAUAACGGUAUAGAUUAUCAUUUAGUUCAGCUUAAGUCGGAUGAUGCGCUAUGGGUGUUGCGCCCGAAUACUUCGGAUGGCCUGGGGGAUAUAGCUGGUAUUUUGGUUGUCUAUGUGGACGACUUGGCAUUGUUUGCUGAGUCUGAACUGGCUCACCAGGUUAUCAAGGUUGUGCGCAUGCUCUGGAAGACGUCGGAGCCGGAGUGGAUUGGAGAGGAAGCAGUUACGUUCUGCGGUUUGGAAAUCUCCAGAACAGCUUCGGGAUACAGGUUGGCGCAGAGUGCAUACAUUCGUGAACUUCUCCAGCGCUAUAACAUCACGGAGGAAGCGACGGUGCCUAUCACGAAGUGGUCUGACCCGGAAUUGCCGGAGUCAGUGACGCCUUCGGAAAUAAAGGAAGCUCAAGCUGUUACCGGAGCGCUGUUGUGGGUUUCAACGCGUACGAGGCCGGAUAUCUCAUACGCAGUGUCCCGAUGUGGGCAAAUGGCAACGAAGGUACCGCAGCUCUCAAUUGCUAUCGGUCUACAGACCAUUAAGUACCUGAAGUCUACCAUUGAUCUUGCGAUAGAAGUGCCUUUUGAGGUUGGUAGCCCAUUCGCUGACCACGGCCUGCUAGCCCUGCCCCGAUCUGCAAAGGUUUUGGAAGUGUAUACAGAUGCUUCCCACAGCCCCGGUGGGGAUAGAUCAAUGCAGUCUUUGAUUGUUUUGUGGAAAGGGGUACCGAUUGGUUGGGAAUCAGCCCGCCAAGCUUUCACAACGCUUAGUAGUGCAGAGGCAGAGCUGGUUACCAUGGUACACGGGGUCCAAGUCUCUGAAUGCAUUCAAUCAUUGCUCGAUGAACUCCUUGGGGAGGACACGGUUGUCUCCCUCCAGGGAGACAAUCAAGCAGCUCUCAGAUCUUUCGACCCGGUGAGCAGUGGCUGGCGUAGCCGCCACUUGAGGAUGAGGGCGAUUUCUGCUAGGGAACGCAUCGACGCGGGAAUACUCCGUGUAUUCCAUAUCCCUGGAGACGUGCAGAUAGCCGACCUCGGAACCAAACCACUAAGCCGGCCCCGUAUCCUACACCUACUUAAUCUUGCAAAUAUAAGAGCGCCAAGACCUGAUGUAGCUGAAGUUGCGUCCGCAAGGGUCUUGAGCCGAAGUGUGUGUAGUCAAACGGUUCUUCCUGCCGAACUGCUGGCAGGCCUCGCCCUACUCGCCUUGGUACCGCGUGUGAAGGGACAGCCUGAUCAUCCUGGGAUUCGAGAGGGUCAGGAGUGGCUGUUCUGGGUUGUUGCUUGGAUAGUGACUGCGGUUUGUGUUGUAGGCGCGGGAUGGUUUUGGCCUGGUAGGGCAGUAAGUUCGGUUUGUUCGGGUGUUGCGGAGGGCCCUGAAGUGCCAGUGUGCGAAGAUGAUAGUGCUUUCGCGGCUGAAGCUCAGACCGGAUCUGCUGAAGGGGAUGGUUUAGAUAGUGACGGUUCGUCCUCGUUUGAUGAGGGUUCUUGGAGGGAGGCUCAGAUAAAGCUAGAGCAGACCGAACGAAGUUCCGGUCUGACUUUUGUUCAGCGGGCUCGAUUGAGGAAGCAGAUCGCGGCCGGUGGAGAGGUAGAGCCUCCCCAGUUUUUGCAGCGUUUCGGUUCAGUUCCUGCAUGGUUUUCAGGGAUUGGACCGGAAGAGGAUCCGUCAGCGAGCUCUUCGUCGGGGCCGAAUGCUGGUGAGCAAGUAGUUCUUCCUUCUAGGGGUGUAAGCCUGUUAGGUGCUGCUGGGGUUCGAUGGGAGCUUCUGUAUCAAUUCCUAGGUGUCUGGAGGGAGACGUGGCGGAACCUAAGAAGGGUUAAUCGGGAGCUUGCUCGCGAUGCUGUUCUGGCUUUGCUUGAGCAAUGGGGUGAUACUGGCACCAGAGCUGCUACGGCUAAUGCGCCUGAGUUUCGAGCGGAGUUCGUGUUUAAUGGUUCGGGUUGGGUCCCGGUUUCAGCAAGGUUCGGGGAAAUCGGGGGGAGCCAGAGCCCUGAAGAUCCCUCGGAUUCUGCUGUUCAGAUUGGGGGGAGCCAGAGCCCUGAAGAUCCAUCGGAUUCUGCUGUUCAGAUUGGGGGGAGCCAGAGCCCUGAAGAUCCAUCGGAUUCUGCUGUUCAGAUUGGGGGGAGCCAGAGCCCUGAAGAUCCAUCGGAUUCUGCUGUUCAGAUUGGGGAAAGCCAGAGCCCUGAAGAUCCAUCGGAUUCUGCUGUUCAGAUUGGGGGGAGCCAGUGCAGCGGGAACGCGCCUGGUUUCGUCAUAGGCAGUGAGGAUAGGAUCACUAGUAUCGCUGAAGGUGCACUAGGAGCAGGUUUUUUGUUUAGGGAAACUCCCAGGGAAGAGUUACGGCAUCGUGUAGGUGGUGGUGCCAGGGCGAGGGUGCGCCCAGGGGAUAGUGCCUGCAGUCACGAUGUAGUUGAGUGGUUCGCUGAGGAAGGGCUAGGUGGUAGUUCUUCUAGUCAUGGAAUGCAAGCAGCUCCGUGGCCGGAGCCUACGUAUGAGGAUUUAGCUGAAGUUGAACUAGACCCUGCGACUUGGCCAUAUAUAGGGACGUGGCUACAGACUCACUUCGUGGUGCAGAUCCUGACUAGUGUAGGCGAGCAUGUUCUGUGGUAUUUAGGGGUCCGAUCGUCUAGCUGGUUUGCAUUGCGAGCGGUGUCGAACAUUGUUCGGUAUGCAAUGGCAGGAGCGAUUGUAGAUCGGCUUCGAAGGGGACCUCAUGUUCUGCGGUUUGAGGGUCCCCAGUGGUUUGAGAUGACAGAGAUUUUUGUGCUGCAAGGUUACCCUCCUGAACCUGAGGAUCAACCCAAUCCCGCUGAGGGCGUUGAACAGGCGUUUCCCUUAGUCUUGUGGGCACCUGGGUUGUAUGUACACUACCUGUGGAGAGUGUUUUCUGUUGCUGGGUUCGAACUUUUGUCGUUUCUAGGUAGUAGGGACGAGGGAUGGGGACAGCUUCGCUGUGCAGCACAAGGGUUCAUGACUCAUUCGGUAUAUGCUAUGAUAUUGUGGCUGCGGGCCACGAGCAUCACUAGGGUUACAGAUGGCGCGCAGUCCUUUGAUGCGGCCGAAGCUUACUUGCAGAAUGGAGAGCGUGUGCAUCCGUUUUACGACCGAGAUGAUAAUGAGGAUGAUGCUACCUUAGAUGAGUUUCGGUAUGGAGCUGAGGCUCCUGUGCUUCAAGUUCAGGUUGCGCCAUAUGCCCCCGUUUUUGAAGAGUUGCUGGAUGGAUCUGACGCUUCAUCAGAUGAGUCUGGGGACCAGACAACUGUUGAGCCUUCUGUAGUUUCUUUGGGUUCUGAAGACUUAAAUGAGGCAACAGAUCCAGAACUAGGGGAAAUUUCCCCUGGUGAUCCCGCUUUGGGUGCGUUUCCAGGCUCUUUGACUACUUAUGAAGCCAAACCAGGAGCUCUAGUAGUUCGCUAUGUUGACGAUGCGUUUGAAGUUCCACUUGAGGGCUGGAGCCAGAGCGAAGUUGAAGAGGUAGUGCAGGGCUUGAGUACCGGGGAUUGGGCAGGCUUUAAGGCGAGGCUUGAGGUUGGAGACCUUAGUCAGUCCUCGGGGAUUCAGUCUGGCUCUUCCGAAGGUCCUGUAGGCUCCGCAAUUGGUGGCUCUGGUUCGGUUUCGGUCUUCGGAAGGGUUCUUUGGAUGCUACUGAUUUGGUGGGCUCUUGUUCAGAGUGCCGGGGCGUCUUCGGUUGGUCAGGCCCUUGGGCUUCCAGAGGACUCACAGGCGGUUCAGGUCUGGUCUUUUGAGGCCACGGUGUGUUCUGCUGGAGGGAGCGCGGUAACCUCUGAAGAGUGUGUAUGUGACGGAUCUACUCUGUGGGCGUGCGUUCAAGUUGCCCUCCUCCUUGGGGGCUGGGAAGUGCUCAGAGUAGUAAGACGCUGGUGGAGCAGGAACAUUCCCUGCCGUAUCGCUCAGGGUACCCAGACGGAUGGUUUGUAUGUGCCUCUGCCUUUACAUGUGGGGGUUCCUCAUCGAGAUAGGAUUCUGUUUUGUCUGUAUCGAGCGGGAUACCCUGUCGACGUGACGGCUUAUGACGAUGAGACUCAAUCUGGUUUCGAAUGGCUACUUGGGGAUUAUCUAGUGCAUCUCGAGCGGGCUAGUGAGCCUUCUUCAUCGGAUUGA